AGUAAAUUAAAUUGAGAUCUAAAUAUAGAAUUGGAGCGGUAUACAAGUACCGUCACGUGACACAGUUGUGUACCUUAAUUGUAGGUUGUAUCAUUCUUAAGGUGUGUUUAGUGUCUUGACCCACGGGAUUGCACGGAAGUUUCUGAGAGCAUUCACGGAUUAUAGCCAUGACACUAUGCCUGGAUUUAAGCUGAUUAAAAGAUGGACCAGGGUUAAGGGUCCCUUUCGUUUCAUAAUAGGGAUACUGUGCAUUUUAUUGGCACCGAAGUUGAGCCAUGGUCAAGAAGUCGGGAGAUAUGGUUACUUCGUGCAGGAAAAUAGUUCCUAUGUAUUACUACACGAUGUGGAGUGGAACGUAGCUUCAAAUGGUGCUCAGACAGAGUUUUCAUUUCGAACUUGUGACAGUGGGGAACUUCUUUACCAAAAAGGGGGUGGGGAUGCAACAGACUAUUUAAAACUUAGUAUUAACAAUGGCACACUUGCAUUUAAUUGGUCAGUAGGGGGUUUACAGUCAGAGAUUUAUAUGGGAAAUAAUUUAAACAAUAAUGUGUGGCGGACAGUUAGUUUACAAAGAUAUCUAGGAGAUUUAUAUUUGAACAUUUCCUUAAGAGGUGUUGUGCAGUUUUCUAAGAUAAUAUCAAACUCCACUUUUCGGACUUUUUUUAAAACUGUAGAGCUGUCUGGGAGUGAGGGGCUGUUUGUGGGGAGAGGGUACACGGGUUGUAUUCUGGAGGGGCCAAAUGUGAUAUUUAUAAACACUCCGUCCAUCACGUCAUCCAACGUAGAGUGGAGCAACUCUUCCUGUUCCCAAAGCCAAAGUUCAUGUCCAUCAGCGGUUGUUGACCAGGAUGACUGUUACAAUUUCCCGUGUGAUAAUGGAGCCACCUGUAUAGAUGGCGUGAACACCUACACAUGUAAAUGCCCGCACCUGUAUAACGGAACCAACUGUGAGAUCGACCUGAGCGUGUACGGGUGUGCGGUUCAGCCAUGCCUGUAUAAUGGUACCUGUAUCGACCAGGAGGUGUCCGGCACCAACACACGUCCAUACCGCUGUAACUGUACUGAAGGAACAAAGGGCACAAACUGUGAACAGCUGGUAAACGAGUGCGGGCUCAACCCAUGUCAGAAUGACGCCCCCUGUAUAACCCUGGUUGGGACAUUCCAGUGUAACUGUACUGGAUCUGGCUACACUGGUCGGUUGUGCGAUGUGGAGAUAGAUGAGUGUGCGGCGGACCAAGGCUUGUGUGGGAACGGGACGUGCCAUAACAACCCAGGAAGCUACUCCUGCAGUUGUAUCGAAGGAUAUAUAGGCAUCCAUUGUCAGGACGUAGAUGAAUGUCUCUCAGACCCAUGUCAGAAUGGCGCGACAUGUGUGAACGAAGAGGAUGCGUACCGUUGCAAGUGUAUGGUAGGGUUUAAUGGGCCCAACUGCGAGCUGGACAUCGACAACUGUGCAGGCAUUGUGUGUCCAGGGGGGAACCUGGCCGUUUGUGUUGACCUCACUGACAGUUACGAAUGCCGCUGUAAACCAGGAUACGCAGGAACCCCACCCAAUUGCUUGGAAAUAGACGAGUGUGCGUCCAACCCCUGUAAGAACGAUGCAGCAUGCUCCGACCAUGCCAACAAUUACACAUGCACCUGUCGCCCCGGGUACGGGGGAAAGAAAUGUGACAUCGACAUCAACGAGUGCGCCAUUAACCCCUGCUUGAAUGGUGCCAGCUGUCGUGACGAGGUGAACAACUACACAUGUGAGUGCUUGAACGGGUACGAGGGUCGUAACUGUGAGCGUGACAUCGACGAGUGUAAUCUAGGACCCACACCAAAAUGCCUCAAUAACGGAAUAUGCAUAGAUAAGGUUGGCAACUACUCGUGUAGCUGUUCAGAGUUCUGGACGGGUGCGAACUGUGACACAGACAUUAAUGAGUGUGAGAUUACCCCACCCAUCUGUCAAUACAACGGCACCUGUAGCAACAGACUGGGAAACUUCCAGUGCUCCUGUAAUGGUGAUCUCAUGGGGACCUACUACACUGGCAAGCGAUGUGAGAUCGCGGUGAACCACUGUUUCAUUUCUCAAGAUGCUAAGGACAACCCCCCAGCCUGUAAAAAUAACGGAACAUGUCGGGGUAGACCCAACGAUUAUGUCUGUAACUGUACCUAUGGCUUCAAAGGUGCACGAUGUGAGGAGAUCAACGAAUGCGAGCCUAAUCCUUGCUUCUACAACGGCACGUGUCACGAUAUGGACCUCAACUUCACGUGCGACUGUAUCAUCGGGACAACGGGGCAUGACUGCAGCAUCAACAUCGAUGACUGUAACCAUGACCUGUGCAACUUGGGACAGUGUAUUGAUGGGAUCAACAGCUAUGAGUGUAACUGUACAGACACUGGUUUCUAUGGUGACCAAUGUGAGAACAAUAUUGACGACUGUAAUCUGAAUGGACAACCGUGUCAACACAACUCCUCCUGCAUCGACGGCAUCAAGAACUACACCUGUUCCUGUUACCAAGGUUACACAGGCAAGAACUGUGAGAUAGAUAUUGACGAGUGUGCAGCCACCCCAUGCCACUUCAACAGCCCAUGUUUCCAGCGGUCCAAUGCCAGCCUGUACAAUAUCGGCUUCCAGGGGUUUGAGAAUCUCACUUUCUCGUACGAGGAUGCCGCUGGCCACGUCUGUCACUGUGUGAAAGGAUCUGAGGGACCUAACUGUUCCAUCAACAUUGAUGAGUGUGUCCCAGCUGAUUUGUGUAACUAUGGCAUCUGUAAAGAUCUCUUGAAUAAUUACACAUGUCAGUGUAACCCUGGUUACGAGGGGAAACACUGUGAGACAGAGAUCAAUGAAUGUGAGCGCUACACGCCAUGUCAGAAUGCCGGCCAGUGCCGUGACCUUGUUGCUAACUAUAGAUGUGACUGCAUUAUGUACAAUGGGCUUGAAUAUGCGGGUCGUAACUGCACGUUUGAGUUGACUGCCUGUCAGAAUAACCUGUGUCAGAUGGGCUCAACAUGCAGCAAUAGACUGAUUGAUGAGGCUCAGGGUCUGCAGGAUUAUGAAUGCUUUUGUGCUCCUGGUUUCACAGGGAAAUACUGCAACAUUUCUUCAACAAUGUCGUUUGAUAUUAGUUCAUACAUUUCCACUGUUAUUGAUUAUUCAGAGACAAACGUGUUUGUAAACUUUAGGUUCAGAACCACUUUACGCAAUGCUGUAUUAUUUGCUUGGGGUUCCGAAUCUACUCGAGGCUACUGGGUUUCUGCUGAACUAAUUGAUGGAAGAUUGGGGCUCAAGUACCAGACCAACCAGUCAGACACUGGGUUUGACAAUCUGACCAUAGCUAAGACAUUCAAUGAUGCCCUGUGGCAUACUGUGAGGCUGUCAUUUGCUGACCGAAAGGCAGCCAUAAUGAUUGUUCAGGGGCCUGUCUGUGGGGACUUAAAUCCUCAGUGCACUAUCUCCACAAUGGUCAGCUAUCCACGAAACCUAAACAUGGGCUAUUUUGGCUCACUGCAAGGAAUUUCCAGCAACCAAACAACGGUGGCAAGAUCUCAGUUUGUUGGCUGCAUGCAGGAUAUCAGGAUUAACGUCACUGAGCUGGCCCUUAGUGUUGUAACAGAUCAUACAAACUUCACCAACUUGACGGAGGUGUGUGUGCGCACAGAGCAGUGUUUCCCUGACACUUGUAAUGGACAUGGUGCCUGUGUUGAUUUGUGGAACAAGUUCCGCUGUGACUGCAGGCGACCCUACCUCGGCAACACUUGUAACACAGAUUAUCCAGCAGCGACAUUCCAGUUCAACAACAACCGUGACAGUUACUCCAACUUUACCCUUCCUCCUGAUGUCAAGAAUAAUAUCUCAAAUAUCUUUAAUAUGUCGUUCUUUGUACGAACGCGACAAACCCGCGGAUUGAUAUUAUUCUUUGGAAAAUAUAAUGGAAAUGAUGCGGACACAUUUGUGACUCUGGAAGUGGACAAUGGUAACCUAAGUGUUCGUAUUAAAGUGUGUAGUGCUGAGCAUUAUGUUCAAACCAUUGAGAAUCGUUACGCAGAUGGAGAGCAGCACCUUGUUCGUUUGGUCAGAAACUCAGGACAGUUUAAUUUUUCUGUUGACGGCAUUGUUCAGCAAUCAGUUGGUGUCGAUUAUUGUGACUUUCAGGGAGAAAAUCUUCUGUUUGGAGGCAAACUGCCGGAUACAAUAACCACUGGUAGGAGGAGAAGACAGACCACAACAUCUGUCAUGGAUAUCAAUAACUUCUCCCAAGUAGUGAACUACAAGGGCACGAUACAGGACGUCCAGCUGGGGGAUAUGUCCCUCUUGUUCUACAACCUUUCUGACCCUUCCCUCUCCCCUCUCACCCAACUCAUCAUGGCGGAAGGGGGACAACUCACCAAGGGGGAGCAGACAGACCCAAUCUGCAUGCUCACCUCCCCCUGCCAGAACAAUGGAACCUGCACAGACAAGUUCUUCAAUGAUUACAGUUGUGAGUGUGUGUUUGGAUAUCGUGGCAAGAAUUGUUCAGAGCUGGACUUCUGUGUGACGGGAAAAUGUCCGGACAACUCGCAAUGUCAGAGCCUGGACGACGGAUUCGAAUGCAUCAGCACAGCCUUCUUUGAGGGAGGUCAGAGUGAGACGACAUACACUAACACCUUGCAAAACAGUAUCCAAGUGAAAACCAUAGACUUCCAGUUCCGAACCUACGCCAGAAACGGCAUCAUUCUGAAGCUACAAGGAAGCUCUGACAAUCAUUUUUUUGUUGAAAUUAUUGGAGAAAAGUUGACUGUUGAAUAUAAAGUCUCAACUUCAAAUACGGUGAUGUUGAAAUCGGAAAUGUCUUUUAACAAUGCAAAAUGGUACCAUGCGAAGAUCAAUGAGGAUACCAGUCAGGUGACCAUGAUAGUCACGGAUACUGAUCACAUGACUGUUACCAACGUUACCAGGUCACGACCUUCAACGGGUGCCACUCUGGACGCCAUGCUGCGUAACUCUGGGAACAGGUUACACCUUGGGGCGCAGUCCUACCAGGGCUGUCUGCGGGAGGUCCGUAUGCAGGGCAUCCUUCUUCCAUUCUUUAGGGACGAACUGUUCAUUAACAACACAAGCGUUCAGAAAUUUAAACUCCAGAGUAAGAUGGGAAUCACUGAUGGUUGCCGUUACCAGGAUGGUUGUGAUGAAGACUCAUGUCCAGGAGCCACCCAGUGUGUUCCCGACUACUACACAUACUCAUGUAACUGCUCCACUGGUUUCGAGGGACGCUGGUGCCAGAAUCAUGUAGACCACUGUGUAAACCAUAACUGUGUACAUGGCAAGUGUGUUAACCAUCUGGACCGUGCUGAAUGUCUCUGUUACCCGGGAUACCAUGGCGACAUGUGUGGGACAGACAUAGACGAGUGUGCUAACGGCACAGUGUGUGAAAAUGGCGGCCAGUGUGUGAAUGCUAUCGGGACAUUCUCGUGUGAUUGUACAGGCACGGGAUUUACCGGAAACAACUGUUCUAUACAGGCUGGUGAUAAUUGUUCUGCUGCCCCAUGUGUAAGAGGCACUUGCAGUGAUGUGACUAGUGGAGGCUUUCUAUGCUUAUGCCCGACCGGUUACAGUGGAGAUCUGUGUGAGGUGACAACUGACUACUGCGCGAACCUGCCUUGUGUUAAUGGGGGAACCUGUUCCUCACUCACAUCACAGGGAAUCUACCAGUGUGACUGCCCCACAGGUUACGGAGGCCGGAACUGCACGGAAAAUGUCAAUGAUUGUCCGAUGGAUUUCUGUCGGGCCGGAGGAACUUGUGUGGAUGGCAUCAACCACAAAGCUUGUAAUUGCACACAAUAUUUCACUGGCGAUGUUUGCCAGUCCAGUGUGGACCAGUGUAUGCGCCUCCAGCCCUGUGAGAACUCUGGUCAGUGCACCACGUUAGGCAACGCCCCGGGCUUCAACUGCGACUGUAUUAACACAGGCUUCAGAGGAGUAUACUGUGGGGAAGACGUAGAUGAAUGUGCCGACCCAGCGAUGUACUGUAAAAAUGGCGGGACAUGUAACAACACAGUUGGGAACUACACGUGCGAGUGUUCAGAAGGGUAUGAGGGGCGCACAUGUGACACGCCCAAGUGUGAUGUUAUUUCCUGUCAAAAUGGUGGCAACUGCCAGAUCGUGAACAAUGGACUGAACUGGAAGUGUGCCUGUCCUACAUAUUACGGAGGUGUGAAGUGUGAAAUAGAGGGCCCGUGUGUGAGAAAUCCGUGCCACAACAACCAAUCCACGGGCUGUACACAGAACAUCACCACAACACCACACACAUACCAGUGUACAUGUAAAGCUGGCUGGACUGGACAGAACUGUUCAGAGGACAUUGACGAGUGUGUUUCAAGUCCUUGCCGUAACGGCGGAACGUGUAACAACAACCCAGGCUCUUACAUGUGUGCUUGCGCGAACGGGUACACAGACAGCACCUGCCAGACGGACAUAGACGAAUGUGCUUCCAGUCCCUGUCUCAAUGAUGGAACAUGUCUGAACGAGAUUGGCCGAUAUGAGUGCAAUUGUAACGAUACAGGCUGGGAGGGUGAACAGUGUGAAGUGGAUGUGAAUGAGUGUGAGGUGUCGACGCCUUGUUACAACAGCGCCACCUGCAGCAACAGCAACGGCAGCUACUCCUGUAUGUGUCCCGAUGGAUACGAGGGUCCCACAUGUUUCGAUAAGAGUACACAAGACAUGGGUGACAACAUCACAUGGUACAUUGUAGGCCCCGUGGUGGCCCUGGUCCUCAUCCUCAUCACCAUAGGUGUUGUAUGGUUCCUGAUGUGUCUGAGGAGCAAACGAGCCACGCAUGGCGUGUACAGCCCCGCGAGACAGGAAAUCACUGGAUCUCGGGUAGAACUCGGACAUGUGCUUAAGAAACCCCCUCUUGAAAGGUUGAUAUAGUGAACAGAGGGACAUCAGAACAUCUUCAGUGAACAUUUAUGUCAAGGAAGAAUAACAAUGGUUGUAUCAACCUCCAUCUGAGGAUGUGUCGGCAUAAUAACUCAACAUGUUUGACCAAAAAUUUAGGAAUUGUGAAUUCUUCCAUAAUACGGACAAUUCUCUUACAUUGUGGCUGACAUACCAUUUGUAUUUUUUUUAUUUUUCCCUAGUCGGAAGAUACUAGCUUUAAAUGUUCCUAGAAAUGUCAUACUAGGUAUAGCAUUUGGAUGUUUCGAGGCAUAACAAUACAUACAUCACCAGCAUGUAUUGUAGGUGUUCAUGCGACUGGUGGGUUUCAGAAACCCCAUAUCUAGACAUAGAUAAACAACUCUUAAGUGUGAACUGGUCAUGAUCAUUUGUGUAUGAGAUGGUGCAUUUUACAGUGCUACUUGUAAAUGAAGCAUAUCUUAUGGUGUUUUCUUUAAAAGACUUAUUAAAGGUUUGCACUGAAAAUUACUUCAUACAGUGUGAGGCCAUGAUGAAUUCACAAGAUAUCAGGAUUCUAUAUCGAGCGCAUAAAAAACCCAACAGCGACUUGUUUUUUUAUCGUUGCCAAAGGGACUUGAUGGAUCAAGCUGGUUAUUCAAAUGUGUAAUGAUAUCUGGAUGGCACACCUUACAUGACAUGGAAUGUAAUCUUGAUUGGAACAUAUGUGCUUUAAAUCAUACGCACAGCUGCAAGAACAUCAAAGUGAGUGCAGUAUUAGGGUGAAACAGAAUUCUGGUGUCAACGAUUUUGCAGGUUUUACUGCCAUCACUUCAUUAGCUCCGUUAUUUAACGAAGAAAAACUGAUGGGAUUUUGUGAUAGCGUUUACAUCAUUGUUGUCAUGGUGCAACAACAUUGACCUUGGUCAUAACUCAAACACUGCUCAACAUAUCCUAACACAACUUGGUACACUUGAUACCAGAGACAAUAUGUAUGUGUACAGCAUGGUCCAUAACUCUGGCUUGAAUUAUUAUUGAGUUAUGCCCCUUGUAAAACUGAAAAAACAAACAACAGACACACAUUCGCUCUUCCUCUUCGGUGCUCUUUUUCUGAAGAUUAUUUGGUGGAUUAGGUUUUAAAAAAUUAAAAUAACAGUAAGAAUAUUCUACAGUUCAAGAUAUGAAUGCAGUGUCUAAUAUAAAUGUAUUGCAUAAUUUGCAUUAAAAUUGAUUACAAAUUUCCAUUUCCUAUGUCCAGACAUAAUGCAGAAUCAGAAUAUCCAGCAUUUAGCUAGUGUUGUGAUGGAAGUGGAAAGCUUUUCUUUUUUUAAGGAUGCUCGGUCAUCUUGAACAUGAUUUUUCCCAAGAUUUGGCCUACAUGAACAUUGUUUUUCCUCAAGUUAUGGCCUACUCUAACAUUGUUUAUCCCAAUAUUUGGCCUACUUAUCAUUGUUUGCCCAAUUUGGCCUACUUGAACAUUUUUUCCCCCAAAUUUGGCCUACUUGGACAUUGUUUUUCCCAAGAUUUGGCCUUCAUGAACAUUGUUUUUCUGAAGAUUUGGCAUACUUGAACAUUGUUUUUCCCAAGAUUUGGCCUUCAUGAACAUUGUUUUUCCCAAGAUUUGGCCUUCAUGAACAUUGUUUUUCCCAAGAUUUGGCCUACUUGAACAUUGUUUUUUCCCAAGAUUUGGCCUUCAUGAACAUUGUUUUUCCCAAGAUUUGGCCUACUUGAACAUUGUUUUUCCCAAGAUUUGGCCUACUUGAACAUUGUUUUCUACAAGAUUGGGCCUACUUGAACAUUGUUUUUCCCUAGAUUUGGCCUACUUGAACAUUGUUUUUCCCAAGAUUUGGCCUACUUGAACAUUGUUUUUCCCAAGAUUUGGCCUACUUGAACAUUGUUUUUUCCCAAGAUUUGGCCUACUUGAACAUUGUUUUCCCAAGAUUUGGCCUUCAUGAACAUUGUUUUUCCCAAGAUUUGGCCUACUUGAACAUUGUUUUCUACAAGAUUGGGCCUACUUGAACAUUGUUUUUCCCUAGAUUUGGCCUACUUGAACAUUGUUUUCUACAAGAUUGGGCCUACUUGAACAUUGUUUUCUACAAGAUUGGGCCUACUUGAACAUUGUUUUUCCCUAGAUUUGGCCUACUUGAACAUUGUUUUUCCCAAGAUUUGGCCUACUUGAACAUUGUUUUCUUCCAAGAUUGGGCCUACUUGAACAUUGUUUUUCCCAAGAUUUGGCCUUCAUGAACAUUGUUUUUCCCAAGAUUUGGCCUACUUGAACAUUGUUUUCUACAAGAUUGGGCCUACUUGAACAUUGUUUUUCCCAAGAUUUGGCCUACUUCAACAUAUUUGAGUUCCACAUCAAUACAUAUCUAGAUUACAUACAGGAGUUGUGCAUUAUUUGACAUAUUUGUAUAUUUUCAUUCAACCAGGGAACUGUCAUAAAUCCAGAUUUUUAGCUAUUGUAAAUAUAUAUACUUACAUGAUUGAUAUUUGCUAUUAUGUGAUAUUAUGAGGUAAUACCAUAUGCUGUCUUGCUUGUUCAUUUUCAACACAGCAAUGUGACUCUUUUUGGAAGCGUAUCGAUGGUGAUGAUAACAAUAGCGGGAAAUGAUUUUGUAAGCAUUUUUAUGUACAUUAAGGUAACAUGUUACAAGAAAAGUGGAAAGUUUUUGUUCUCCAACAUUAUUACACACUUACUUCAUUACGGAAGUUAAGCUUGACAAUAUUUGGUGUCAUCCUUUUAUUGAUUUGUAAGCAUUUUCAUUGAUGUUGUGGGAAAGUCGGUAAACGUAUUCCUGUUCCAGUAAAUCUAGAUUGUAUUUUUUUAGAUGGAAUUAUGAUUCAUAUGUUUUGAACAGAAAUUUAACACGUUCAGAUGUUGAUAUGUUGUGUUUUAUUUAAUAGAAUUUCGUUUUAGCCGUAAGAAAACUUAAGUUUUAGUUACUGAUUAGCCUCUUACAUACUGAUCUUUUAAAUUAGGAUUUUGAACUCAAAUUUUAUUUAUAAUUCUGGAUAUUUAAUUUCAAUGUUUUACCUGGUGGAAAUGGAAUAUUGCUUAUAGCUACAUGUAUACAUUCACUCUGUCUUUUAAACCAUUGUAAUUACCAUGGAAACUGCAAAUUGCAUCAACUUUUUUACAUUCAUUUAAGCAAAUAAGUUUAAUAAAUUUGGUAUCGAACGACCAUGAAUGUGAUACUCUAUUAAUGUCAUAAAUGUUGUGUUUUUUUAUGAAUUAUAGCAUAAAUACGUAAAACAUAAUUAUAUGAUGACUACCGUUUAUGACGACGCAUUCAUUCAUGAUAACCCUAGUUACACAACUUUUAUUUGAAAAAUAUAUGUUAUAUCUUGAUGGCGAAGUCGUUUAUGAUAUAGAAUUACAUAAUCAGUUUGACUGUCUUUAUUUUAAAUCCAGAACAUUUAUUGUAUAAUGAUUAAGGGUGUUUGAUUUCUAUGAUUUACUAAACAUACAAUAAACAUGCUUGUUUCAAAUGUUACUCAUAGUAUUUGGUAUCAAUAUUUUUUACAUAUUGUGUAUAUAGUUUGAUUGAAAACAACAUUUCAUAUACAUGUACAUCAGCUAUGCAAGUCCAUUAUUGUAAAUAGAUCCAUAUAAUCACCUAUGUACGCAUACAUAUGUUCACCAUUUUACAUAUUUGCUUUACAAAAUGAUUUUGCCAAUAUAAACAGGAGGUUUUUCAGUACACAUAUUGAAUUAUAGGGACUCCUUAACGUUUCAUAGUGUAUGGCAUUGAUUUAAAAAAGAAAUAAAUUAUGAAAUGUGAACAAAAUGCUUGUUUAAAUGAUUAUAAAGCCAUCAUUGAAGGCUCAGAUUAAAGCUUUAUUUUAUGCUUGUAUUUAUAAAAUACUGUUCAAAUGAUUUUCUUCCAGCUGCUGUUUGAUGUUUAUUCAUAAAAUUUAGAUUUUUUAUGAGUUCAACAAAGUUUGAAGGAAUUGUUGCUAAAAUAAAAUCUAUGAGUGAGUCUCAUUAAUUAAGACCCAUCGGAACACAUAUCAUAACAUUAUAGCUUAUAUAUGAUGUUAAUGCAUGAUGUUAUUUUUAUUGAACUUACAUUUAAAAUAUAUCAGUGUGGUGUUAUCUAAUUAUAUUCUCUGAGUUGUUACAAUUAUACAGAUAUUUGCAUGUCUGCAAAAGGAAAUACCAAAACUACAUAUCAAACAGUUACUGAUUUACAUUCCAGAAAGUGUUGUGAGAUUUAGUAAUGAAAUAGGUUUGAUGUAGUGAUACUUAUGAUUUUAAAGCAUUUAUAUAAGAGUUAGGUGCAGGUUAUAAACAUACAAAGCUUGGUUGUAUUUUGCAGUUUUUUUCUAUAUAAAAAAUAAUUCAGUGAUAUUAUGAUCAUUAGUAAAUGUACUCGAUAAAGUCUUCAAUAGCCAGUAAUGGUUGAUACUUAAUUAAAAAUAAAAUUAAACUAAAUUUAAGAUCUGAAUGCAAGUGCUUUGAUUGGCCAGUACCAAAUACUUGACCAAUAGACUGCAUGCAAUCAAUAGUUGUAUUGAAUAUGGGCCCAGUCCUGGCAAUAUUUAAGCAUGUUUGUUUACAUGUACAGUACAGGGGAGUUUCUUAUUCAUUUUGUAUAAAAGUCAUAGGUCGUUCUGACUAUUUUGUAGAUAUUUCUACAUGCUUGUAUGUUGUUACUGUGUACAGAAUGUCUAACAAAUAUUUUAUAUACCUAGAUCAGAUCCUAUUAUUUGAGGCCAUCCCCUCAUUAUUAUAUUUGAUAUGUUAUAUUAAGAAUGAAAACAAAUAAAUACCGAAGAAACAUC